AUGGCGACCCCUGGCCUUCUGUACGUCACAAUGCACCCCCGCCCAUCUCUGCCGGCGGCGCAGUUCCACGACUGGUACAACACAGAGCAUGGCCCUUUGCGUCUACGCUUGCCCUUUGUCACCAAUGGCUUCCGGUAUCGCGCGACCGACGGCCUGGAGCCUGAAUGGGUUGCCCUGUACGAUAUUACCGACAUGGUAGAGUUGACCCGCGAGACCUAUCUGGCGCUACGGUGUGAUGGAAUCAAGACCCCGCGCGAGAAAGCCACCAUGGCUCAAAUUGCCGUCGAUCGCCGACUCUACGACUUGGUCGACGACCAGAAGGUUCCCGACUACCGCCCUCUCGAGAACGAAACCGAUGCCGCUUCGGCUGGCUCCGUUCUCAUUGCCGUGUCCGUCAAGGUUCCCGCCGAUCAAGAAGAGGAACUCAAUCGGUGGUAUGACGAAGAACAUAUUGCCAUGCUGUCUCGCGUGCCAGGAUGGCGUCGCUCUCGCCGCUUUGUAACGGCGGCUAUCGACCCCAAUGCCCCUCGGGAAUACAUCUCGCUGCACGAGUACGCCCCCAAGAAUGGUCUUGAAGGCCCCGAGCACAAUGCCGCCAAGAGCACUCCCUGGAGCAAGCGCAUCAGUGAGAUUGCUAUUGAGAAGAAGCGCCGCGUUUAUCAGUGGGUCUAUACUUUCGGUCCUGCUCCUCGUGAGCUCUCCUCUCUCGCUUCCAAGGACGUCGUUGGACCCUGGAACUCCAAUGACAACCGCACCCGGACGCUUCCCUCGGAGGCACGCCCUGCUGUCGAGUCUUUUGUUACCACUGAGGACGGCGUUGCCAUUCCAUACCGGCUCGAGGGCAGCACGGACCCCAAUGCUCCUGUCAUCGUUUUGAGCAACUCUAUUCUCGUCGACUGGUCUGUCUGGGAUGGCUUCGUAAACGCCUUCCUGUCCGAUGCCAAAAACCAGAAUUACCGCAUUCUGCGCUACCUGACACGUGGGCGCCUUCGAGAGUGUGGUGAGAAGCCCAUCAAUAUCGAUGUCUUGGCCUCCGAUAUCAUUGCCCUUCUAGAUGCUCUGCGCAUUCCGCAGGCCACUUUGAUCGGUGUCAGCCUGGGUGGUGUGACGGUGCUGAACACAUCGCUUCUGUACCCUGACCGCGUGACACGAUUCAUCUCGUGUGAUACCAACAGCUCCGCUCCCGAAUCAAACCGUAAAGCGUGGGGUGAUCGUCAUGCUAUGGCACAGAGUGAGGGCGCUGUGUCUCCCACCACUCAGGAACCUAUCAUCGGUGAGCAGUUGGCGGAAGUCACGACCCGGCGGUGGUUCGUGCCUGAGACAUACGAGACUCAACCGGAAGUGGCAGCUAAGGUCAAGGAGGUGGUUCGUAACAACAGUCUGGAAGGAUUCCAGAAGGGCAUGCAGGCAUUGUGUGCGUAUGAUGUCCGCGAACGCAUGGCCAAUGCAACUGUACCAGGUCUGUUCGUGGCCGGCGAGGGCGACGGCAUCCUUCCCCAGACGAUGCAAAAGAUGGCCAGUGACCUGAAGGGUGGUGCGGAACUGAAGAUCAUCCCCAAGGCUGGUCACUUGCCGAUGGUUGAGCAGCCCCAGGCCUUCACGGAGGUUGUCAACGAAUUCUUACGUGCCUGA